AAGAAGAGGUCGGUCCGGCCAUGGCGCGGGUCGGACCCGGGAGGGCUGGGGUCUCUUGCCAGGGCCAGGGCCGGGGACGGGGACGGGGCGGGAGCGGUCAGCGGCGACCUCCAACCUGGGAGAUCUCAGACUCCGACGCUGAGGGCUCCGCCGGCUCGGAGGCCGCCGCGAGAGCCCGGGACCCAGCGGGUGAGCGCAGGGCGGCUGCCGAGGCGUUGCGGCUGCUGCGGCCGGAGCAGGUCCUGAAGCGCCUCGCGGUGUGCGUGGACCCAGCCAUCCUGGAAGACGCCGGUGCCGACGUCCUGAUGGAGGCCCUGGAGGCCCUGGGCUGCGAGUGCCGCCUCGAGCCCCAGCGCCCGGCCCGCAGCCUGCGGUGGACCCGAGCAAGUCCCGACCCCUGCCCCAGCAGCCUGCCUCCUGAAGUGUGGGCUGCAGGUGAACAGGAAUUGCUGCUGCUGCUGGAGCCCGAGGAGUUUCUGCAGGGCGUCGCCACACUGACCCAGAUCUCUGGCCCAACCUGCUGGGUGCCCUGGAUCUCCCCCGAGACCACUGCCCGGCCCCACCUGGCUGUCAUCGGGCUGGAUGCCUACCUGUGGUCUCGCCAGCACGUUUCCCGGGGGACACAGCAGCCAGAGAGCCCGAAGGUGGCCGGUGCUGAGGUGGCCGUGGGCUGGCCAGAGGUGGAAGAGGCCCUGGUACUCCUGCAGCUCUGGGCAAACCUGGACGUGCUACUGGUGGCCUCAUGGCAGGAGCUGAGUCGGCACGUGUGCGCCAUUACCAAGGCUCUCGCCCAGUGUCCCCUCAAGCAGUACCGGGAAUCCCAGGCCUUUUCCUUCUGCACAGCAGGGCGCUGGGCAGCCGGCGAGCCAGUGGCAAGAGACGGCACAGGGCUGCAGGCAGCCUGGCAGAGGCAGAUCAGGCAGUUCAGUCGGGUCAGCCCAGCCGUGGCUGAUGCAGUUGUCACAGCCUUCCCCUCCCCCCGCCUUCUGCAGCAGGCGCUCGAGGCCUGCAGCACGGAGCGGGAGCGCAUGGGCCUCCUGGCCGACCUUCCUGUGCUGCCCAGUGAAGGCGGGCGUCCCCGCAGGGUGGGGCCUGACCUCUCCCGCCGCAUCUGCCUCUUCCUGACCACGGCCAACCCUGAUCUCCUGCUGGACCUGGGCUCCUGACCACACGUGGGACCACCAGGACAGCAUGCAGCCUUGGGGACAGACCAGACACCCUGGGCGGUGGGGGAGGACCCUAGCCUGGGUGGGUUCUCUGGCUGAGCAGGUCUGACCUCAGGGGGAGGGUGGGUGGUUGCAGGGGAAGUUUUAGGUAGCUGGGAUGAGAAGAGGGGCUGCUGGCUGGCAGGUGGCUGGUGGUUCCUGUGCUGAGUCCUGAACACAGGCCACAGGGGAGCUCAGCAGCAGGGCUGUGUGCCCCCCACACACACAUUCGGCAGGGACCAGAAGGCAGCACCAGGGCCCCACUGCCACCUGGAGGCUUGGGGUGUGGCACCCUCAGCCAGAAGCAGUAGGGGACUC